AUGAUGUUUCCGACUAAAGCCCCUCGCGUCGACAGAGAUGUUCUCGCGUCCGCCUCUCAUUUAACAAAUAAACGUGGUCCUUGGUGGCAUGAUCGAGGAUUGCUCAAACUCAAUCUUCUUAUCAUGAUACCAUUGAUGAGUGAAUAUGUGCAGGGUUAUGAUGCGAGUCUUAUUAACAAUGUGCAGCAGUUGAAGAGUUGGCAGAAUGAAUUUCAUAACCCCAAGGGCUCACUCUUAGGUAUUUUGUCGGCGAGUUAUUGGGUGGGAAAUGUCUUGGGAGUAUUCUUUAUCACGCCGCUGAGUGAUAGAUUUGGCAGGAGAAUGGCGCUGUUCUUUGGUAGUGUAGUUGCAAUACUUGGGACAGCUCUUUGCACCGGAGCCAUUAAUGCUGGCAUGUUCAUUGUCGGCAGACUUCUAUUGGGGGUUGGAGGAGUGGUUGUUGGAGCCAUUGGACCUGUACUAGUAGCGGAACUUGCAUAUCCGGAUCAUCGUGCGACCGCGACUGCGCUUUCAAAUACCCAAUACUCAAUGGGCUCGAUCAUCGCUGCCUGGAUAACUUUUGGUACAUUUCGAUUGAACUCCACAUGGUCAUGGCGCAUUCCCUCAAUCUUUCAAGCUUUGCCCUCUGUCGGCCAGGCACUUGGUAUCUUCUUUCUUCCCGAGUCACCUCGUUGGCUUGUAAGCAAAGGUCGUGAAGAUGCUGCCUUGGAUGUCCUGUCUAAGUAUCAUGCCAAUGGAGAUCGAGAAGAUGAGAUCGUACAGUUCGAAUACAGGGAGAUAGUCGGAACAAUCGAGUUGGAGAUCUCAGCAAAGCAAUCGAGGUGGAGUGAAAUGUGGAGAGGUAAAGGAAACCAAUGGAGAAUGUUUAUUAUGAUUUUCUUUGGAAUCUGUAAGCAAUGGUCAGGAAAUGGUGUAGUGUCCUAUUACUUACAUACAAUGCUCGACGACGUUGGAAUUACGACUACCUUACAACAAACCCUCAUCACUGCAACCUCCCAAAUGUUUUCCUUUGCUUGUUCUGUUGCUUUUGCGUUUCUGCCCGCUCGAGUAGGUCGUCGACCUCUUCUGCUCUGGUCAAUGGGCCUGAUGUGGCUUGUCUUCACAAUAAUCACCAUCCUUACCGGUGUGUUCACCCACACUGGGUCUAAAUCUGCUUCUUAUGCUUCGGUUGCUUUUAUAUAUUUGUACAGCGGAGUACACAAUUUGGGAUGGACAGGUGCCAUGAUGCUUUAUGUGGUUGAAAUUUUGCCGUACACGUUGCGCGCCAAAGGCAUUUCACUAUUUUGGUUAGUCACGGGCUUAGCGGGUGCAUUCAAUACCUAUGUGAACCCAUUAGGUCUUGCAAGAUUUGGCUGGAAGUUCUAUUUCUUCUAUGUAGCAUGGAUUGCCGUCGAGUUCGUCGUGGUGUACUUUGCUUGUCCUGAAACGAAAGGAACAAGUUUGGAAGAUGUGGCUUUAGUCAUUGAGGGAAACGAUGCGAAAGUCAGCAAGAUGAAUCCGGUGAAAGAGGCGGUAAUAGAGAAAGAGGGUGGAACCACGGAACACGUUGAGAAGACGAGAUGA